AUGACUGUUCAACUUAAAUAUCUUCUGGUUGAACGAUUUGAAUGGCUUUUACAUGUUGUUCAAUACGCAUCUAACGAACUGAGAACGAAUGCAUUAAGUACUGUUCAAUAUACUGAAUUCAGACUUCCAAGUUGUAAUUACAGUGAUAACAAUGUGGUUUCUGUUGGUAAACAUCUUGUGCCUUUUCUUAGCACGUAUAUGCCUCAUUUACAAACAUUACGUCUUUGGCGACCUGAUGAUUUUCCAUGGACAACUCGUAAGUUUAUUUUAAACAAACAAAAUCAAUUAUCAUAA